AUGGAGACGGCGGCGGGGCCGGUCGCCAUGGUCACGGCGGCGCCGCCGGGCGGUGGGCGGCACGCGCUGCUGGCCGUGAUCGGGGAGAUCGGCACGGAGCCGGAGCGGGGCGCGCUGCGCGGCGCGCUGGAGCGCGGAAUUCGUUCCUGGAACAUUAAUCCUCUGUACUGUGAUCUGAAUCAUCAACUGCGGCUCUUUGUAAAUCGACAUCUGGCUCAGUUUUCUUCUGAAGUCAAAGGCCAAAGAACUCUCCAUCACCGGAGUGACACUCUGGACACGGUGAUCCUGGUAAAUCCUAAUGUGGACAGCGUCGUGUCCGAGGUCCGCUCCCUUGUGUGUGAUUCAUCAGCCCACAAACUACUGAUCCUCUGUGGCCAGAGCUCAGACCAGGAAGGAGACUUGGUCCUGCAGACAGGGACCUUCACUUACCACAAGUUUGCUGAGAUACUUUUGGAUCCGGAGGUCACCCAGAUUCUCAGCAACUCUGAUUCAGAUACCAAGACCUCUCUUACUGUGUCGUGCGUGGGAGAAGGAGCCUGGAGCAACCUUGGGCAUCCUCGAUUUCAGGACAUUAUUAAUCUGAAACUGAAUCCUGAUCCAGUUCUGCCAGAAAUGGAUGGGGUGUCUGAAUUUGCAGAAUAUGUCUCUGAGACAGUUGAUGUACCAUCUCCAUUUGAUCUCCUGGAGCCACCCACCUCAGGGGGUUUUCUGAAGCUUUCUAAGCCCUGCUGCUACAUAUUCCCUGGGGGAAGAGGUGAUUCUGCUCUCUUUGCUGUCAAUGGGUUUAACAUCCUUGUGGAUGGUGGCUCUGAAAGGAAAUCAUGUUUCUGGAAGCUGGUGAGGCACCUGGACAGGAUUGACUCAAUCCUGCUCACCCACAUUGGUGCAGACAACCUGCCUGGCAUCAACGGGUUGCUGCAGAGGAAAGUUGCUGAGCAAGAGGAGGAACAAUCCCAGGGCUCUACCAACUACAGCGACUGGAUGAAAAACCUAAUUUCUCCUGAGCUCGGGGUGGUUUUUUUUAAUGUUCCUGAAAAGCUGAAGAUGCCUGAAGCCUCCAUGAAAGUAAAGAGGAGCAUCGAAGAAGCGUGCAUGACACUGCAGUAUCUCAACAGACUGGGCAUUAAAUCAGAGCCUCUCUACAGGGUGGUGAGCAGCACCAUCGAGCCCAUCACACUCUUCCACAAAAUGGGCGUGGGUAAGCUGGACAUGUAUAUACUGAACCCUGUCAAGGACAGUAAAGAAAUGCAGUUUCUAAUGCAGAAAUGGGCUGGCAAUAGUAAAGCAAAGACUGGCAUCAUUCUUGCAAAUGGAAAAGAAGGUGAAAUUUCUGUUCCCUAUCUCACAUCUAUCACAGCCCUAGUGGUAUGGCUACCAGCCAGCCCAACUGAGAAAAUUGUAAGGGUUUUGUUUCCUGGAAAUGCUCCUCAAAAUAAGAUAUUGGAAGGUCUUGAGAAACUCAAGCACCUUGAUUUUCUGAGGUAUCCAGUGGCUACUCAGAAAGAUAUCACCUCUGGAAUACCUCCACCUGUGCUGAAGCAGACCAAAAUUAAACAAAGAACUGACAGUAAAGAGAGUCUUAAGUCUUCCCCCAAGCCAUCUGUGACAAAGCAAGUCAAGAAGGAAGAAGCAGUUGAGGAGGGGAUUAAGGAAGUAAAACCAGAAGUUGUAAAGGAUGCUAAAAUUGAAAAAAAGGUUAAGGAACACACAGAGAAAGUUCCUGAGAAACCUGUUAAACAUGAAAAGAUAAAGACAGAAAUAAGUGAUGCUCUCAAAGCUGAGAAAAGAAAAUUGGCAAAAGACAAGGUUGGAAAAAAGCAUCUCAAAGAGAAAGUAUCCAAAUUAGAGGAGAAGAAAGACAAAGAAAAGAAAGAGAUUAAGAAGGAGAAAAAGGACUUAAAAAAAGAUGAUGGAAAGAAGGAUGAGAAAAAAGAUUCAAAGAAAGAGGAUAAAAAGAAAGAAAACAAACCAGAGAUCAAAAAAAUUCCUAAACCAGACUUGAAACCAUUUACCCCAGAAGUAAGAAAAACACUGUACAAGGCAAAACUUCCAGGCAGACUCAGAACUGAGAAGAUCAAAGUAAAACCUGAAAAAGAGCCUGAAAAGGUACCUGCUGACCUUAAGACAUUACCAAUGGAGAAGGCACCUGUACAAGUGGAUCCAGGAGAGACAUCCAUGGUGGAACAGAGGUUGGUCCUGUCUUCACCAGAAGAUCUCACAAAGGACUUUGAGGAACUGAAGCAUGAGGAGAAAGGGGCCUUGCAGCUGACUCAAGAACGAUCUGAUAUGGAAGUUAGUGAUAAGAUUAUGGGAGCACCUGAAGCAGAGAUAAGAGACUCUGUUGAUGUGACUGGUCAGAGUAACCUUGAAGUGGAUCUGAUUUUAAAAGGAAAGAUCCCUGACCAGGGAGUAACUACUACUGGUAUGGAAAAAGAAUCAUCAGCAGAGGAAAUGGCAGUCCAUCACUGGGAGCUGAGGGGAGGUUCUGCUGAAACAAUAGAGGAUGAAAGAAAAACAGUAGAUGAAAACCAUGACAUGAGAUACUGGGGGGGAAAAGCUGAGCAGGGCAAGGACAUCGAGGUGUUUCCUGACAAAGAACACCUGCCAUCACAUACAGACCUCUUGGCAAAAGGUGCUCAGCCCCCUGUGUUCAGAGAGGAAGAAAAGGAGGAAGAGGAGAAAAUCUCUUUGGACAGAAAACAGAGGGAAGCAGAAACUUGUGAAAAGUAUAUUGAGGGGACACAGGUACAGGAAGAGGAUGAGAAGGAAAAGAGAGAAGAUGUGAUAGAAAAGGCAGAACUGGAAGAAAAGGAAGAACAGCACAUGAAAGCAGAGGAGAAAGUGGAGAAGAAUAGAGAAUUCUGUAGGCUGAAUCAGGAUGAUAGGGAGGAAAAACUGUUUACUGUUACAGAGAAGGAAAGAGAAUUUAGUUUCAUGGAUGAGAAAACCAAGUUACUUGAAAAGGACAUAACAAAGGAAGAGUCAUAUCUGAGCAGCCUGCCAGUCCCACCAGGAGCAACAGCAGAACAUGUUUCUUAUAUCCAAGAUGAAACUAUCCCUGGCUACUCAGAAACAGAGCAGACCAUUUCUGAUGAAGAAAUACAUGAUGAACAGGAAGAGAGGAUCCCACACUUGAAGUAUGAUGUCAAUGCCUAUAACAUUUCUGUUCCUGACCAUCCAGGCUCUUUUGAAGCAGUACACGGAAUACAGGCCAUGCCUCCUGCUGACCUUUCAGCCAAGGGCUAUGCUGGGCAGGAGUCUGAAAUCCUGGCAUAUCCUACAAACAUUGUGGCAGCACCUCUAGCUGAGGAGGAACACAUAUCUUCUGCUACCUCCAUUACUGAAUGUGACAAGCUUUCAUCUUUUGCAACAUCCGUAGCAGAGGAUCAAUCUGUUGCAUCCAUAACAGCACCACAGACCGAAGAGACUGGGAAAAGCUCUUUACUUCUGGACACAGGAAACAGUAUGCCCUCUUCUCGGACUGAAGCAACCCAAGGUCUCGACUACGUUCCUUCUGCUGGCACCAUUUCCCCCACAUCAUCCUUGGAGGAAGACAAAUGCUUUAAAUCUCCACCCCCUGAAGAUUUCCAUGCAUUAGCAGAAGGAGAGAGGAAAGUGGAAACACAAAAAAAGGACCUUCAUGAGGAGGCAGAAGAUGAAGAAGAUGAAGAAGAUGGGACUCCAAAUAUUGAGGUGCCUGAGAAACUCAGAGGGCAUUACAAUGCCCCUGUGUUUGUUCCUCCAGUAUGCCCUGGUAAUGUGAUAAUCAGUGUUCCCACACAGGGGAUGCCCUUGUCCUCUGAGGAGGCACCGUUUUCCCAGGCCGACUCUGCAGAGGCUGAGGAGCGAUGCACCAGCCCCGAUGACAGCACAGUGAAAAUGGCCUCUCCCACUCCCUCCGGCCCCACCAGCGCAGGGCACACGCCCUUCCACCAGUCUCCAGUGGAGGAAAAGCUGGAAACGGUAGAUUCAGAUCUGUUUGAAAAACAAACGGGCGCUGCUGCCAAGAAACUGGAAGGCCAAAGUCCUGCUGUGGUGAAGGGAGCCAAGGGUGAAGCUCUCAGGGAAGACGAGGCGUCUGUGGCCAAAUCCAGGCACGGAGGAGAAGCGCCGGGGCCUGUGCAGCACGAACAGGCUCUGAGCAGCGAUGCUGCAGCGUCUCCUGAGCAGGAGGAGGCGCAGGAAGCACCAGCGAGCAGGGACGAGCUGCCCUGGCCCUCCUACCACAAGCAGGACACGGUGGUGGUCGGGGAGGACGAGCAGCCUCCGAGCACGAAACCAGAAAAAGAGCAAGGAGCUAAAACUGUGACAGAAGGGUUAAUGGGAUUUCCAAAACACUUGUCCUUUGAGCCAUUUGAAACCACAGGAGCUUCUCCGGGAAAUGUGGAUCUUCCACAGUUCACAAGCCAAAGCAAAUGUAAAAAUGGCAAAUCUUUGCAAUUUUCACCAGAUGGCAUCAAAUCACCUUCUUUUACAGAAGAAUGGAUUGGUAAAGAAAAAUCCUCAGAUAUUUCUAAGACAAUUACUACUGAAGAAGGAAAACUGCUAUAUUUAACAGGAGACACAUCAGAAGAAGAGAAAUCUUCUCAUGCUUCUGUUGAAGAUAUUUCCCCAGAAGAGACCAAAUCCAUUUCUCUCACUGAGAGUUCCAGUAGAAAAAUCUCUUCAGAUGUUUUUAUUAAAGGACUUUCUCCAGAAGAAAUCAAAGCUCUUAGUUUCACAGAAGAGAUAUCUGCAAAAGAAAAAACUGUGUCCAAGUGCACUGACAAAUUCUCUUCAGAAGCUGUGAAAUCCACAUGUCUCAUCGACCAGAGUGCAGCCACAUAUGAAAAAUCACUGGAAAUUUCUGCCAAAGAACUGAAAGAAGCAUCAAAAUCUUCUCCUUGCCCAGAAAGUAGUUCAGUUAAAGGCACAUCACCGAGAGAUUCUUCAACUGAAGAAAUGUCUCCAGAUGACAGCAGUUUAUUUUCUGCAUCAGAAAAGAGCCUGUUGAGGGGAAGAAAUGCAGGCUUGGACUCUCAGGAAGUAUCUCCAGAUGCAAAGAGCUUUCAUUUUACAGAACCUAGCCCAAGUGAAGAUAAAACAUGUUCACACAUUUCUACUGAAGACAUAAAAUCUUGCAAGUUCAAGGAAGCUCAAGAAAAAAAAUCUCCGGAAAUGGAUAAGUUUUUCAUGAAAGAUUUAAGUUAUGAGAAGAAAGUGUGGUUUCCAGAAGAGGUAGAAGAGGUCCCUGUUCAGGGAACGCGGCAGAGAUAUGACAAAGAGAGGGAGUGUACAUUCUUGGAUGAGGUACCAGAAUUUGAAACAAAAUCCCUUCCUAAACUGGGAAAGGAGGAGAACCUGCCUCCUGCCUUGCCUGGCAGCCAUACCUGGAGAGAGGCAGAAAGGGAAGCAUGGGGUUCUGCCUUUGGGUAUCUCAAGGAAGGGAGAGACAGUGGGAGAGGAGAGCAGUUACCCAGUGAGGAGGAUGAGGAGCUUCACCAUGCUGAAGACAAACCCAUGCUACUGCAAGCAGAAACUGAAUGUUUAAAGAUGGAGUCAUUUGAUUACAAAGAAGCCACACAGAAGGGUGCCCAACCUAAGUCAGAAACAAAGAAAGUGGAUGUGAUUCCUGCUGACAUCACUGUCCCAGAAAGAGCACAAAGGGAAGGUUCUCCUCUAUCUCCUCAGUAUAUCCCUGGUGAGGAAAAUCAGGCCAAAGCUUUAACUGGAAACAAAGAAAGUCAAGAAUUGUUGUUGACCUCUAAACAAGAUUGCUCCUGCUUAGACAACGAGGACAAAGCUGUCCUAGAUAUCUAUGCAAAGUCACUAGACCAAGCUGUGGCAUCUCCCCUGUCUGCAGUGAGAAAAGAGACAGAGGCACCUCCAGGAGCAGACAGGCCCUGCAAGCUAGAUCAGUGCAAGCCACCUUUAUGGGAGGAUGUCCCAUCGAAGGCAUCUGAAAAGAAAUCAGACAUCAGUGAUUUGUAUCAGGAAAUUGAUUGCAAAUACAAGUCAGAUAGCAGGCAAGAGGAUGACUGCAAAUCCACUGAGGGUCUGUAUGACUCUACAGGAAGAAAAGAGCAGAGAGCAGCAGCACCUACUCUGUUGCAAUCUACAAGAGCAGCAGAAUACAUUGCAGAGCCCACAAAAGGGAGUGCUGAGCUGUCAGGGCAGUGUGCACACUCCCCUCCAGCACAAGGCCUGGGUCAAAAAAGUGGUGAUGCUGUUGGCAGUGCUGGGGCUGUGGGUGCUACCACCCGAGAGGUGUACCCUGCAGAGACCUACUCCAGGAGCUCCCCUGAGCCUUAUUCCUAUGAGGAAGGGGUCUGCACACAGAGAGAUGAUGACACUUCCACAAGACAAGAACCAGAAGAAAGAGAACCAACUCCCUACCCUGAUGAAAGAAGUUUCAAGUAUGCUGACAUCUAUGAGAAGAUAAUUGUGUCUGGAGUGGGACCCUCUCCCUUCACAGCCAUGGGUGCACACAGCCCAGGUCACACUGACAAGGUGCCAGUGACAGCACUGAACUCUCAAAAAGGUCAAAAUUUCCAUGUGUCUGCAAAGGAAGAAGAGUCCUGCCUUUAUACCUCAGCUGAGAAGGAACUGUCUUCUCCAGCAUCCCCUAAGGAUAAAGCAGAUUCAGUCUUUGACUAUAGAGACAUCCAUGAAAGAUAUUUGCCCUUAUCUGAAACAGGGAAGCCUAGGACAUCAGAAGGACAGGAAAAACUGACUGUGUCUUCUGCUUUACCAGGAGAACUGGACUCUGCAAUGCAUCCAUCAUCUGCGAGCGCAGCAUUUGCCUCUCCCACCGUCACAGCUGACACCUUUUAUCAAGGAAAGUCAUCCGCCUAUAUUGAUGCUGGUUGUCCAGAUGAGAAUAUCAUUUUGUCUAGCCAGGAGCAGGUAUCUUUGUCCCUAAAAUCUGAAAUCCCAAAUCCCAAAGAUACAUACUAUGAGAAAGCAGGUCGGGGGGAAGAAAGUGCAAGUGACUCAGAGCUAGAAAAAGGUGCUAAGGAGAAGUCUGAAAAGGAAUCUAAACUGCACAGCCCUGCUGAAGCUGCAGGCACCGUCUAUACACGCAUCUCAGCCAUCAGCAACUUCCCUGUCUCAGACCCCUUCCUGCAGAGCAAAUGUCAGGAGCCCCUUUCACCCAGCUCCGCUGCCUCCUCUCCCUCUGGUCCAGGCUGGCAAGAGAAAUAUCAAAGUAGGGCGACUGCAUCAGCUGCUGUUGUGGAGACAUAUGCCGUUGGUUACAGUGACGUGCCAGACAUGGACAGAGAUGAACAAACUUCAGAAAUGUGCCAUGAUUCUUCACAAAAGAUAGAGGUUGCUGAAAAAUCCACAAAGGAAUCCCAUUUCUGGGUAGCAGAUUACCCAAGUGCAGCAGUGGCCUCCGAGUGCCAAGAGCAAGCCAUGAAAUCUGCUUCCAGCAAACAAACAGAAGUAUAUGAACAGGGCCCAAGGGUAGAGAGCAGAGGGAUGGAUAGCUCUUCUGGAUUUGAAACAGCCAGCACAUUCAGACAUAAGCAAACCUCAGUAAGCCAUUUAGGGGAUAUUUCUCUUUCUUUAGAGUCUCCUUGUGCUUUGCUGUCAGCCCAGGGAAACAAAGAUGAGUACUUGGAGGUUUCUGAGAAAAUCAGCAGCCUUGACUCAUCUUUUCCUAAAUUCUCACCACUGAGUCCAUAUGAAGAAGACAAGGUGUUCUCCAAAGGUGUGGAGAAAGAGUCUGUGACCCAGCAGCAGCUGAAAGAUGACUCUUCCAGCCUGUCAGAGGAACCCUCAUCUGAGGCCACCACUCCUGUGAUACUGGCUACAGCAGAAAGUUUCUAUUCCCAUAUGCUUUCCACAUCCACAGGUGCAGGAGUGGAAUCAGGUACGAGGAGUGCUUGGGAUGUGUCUCCACUGGUUCCAGAUAAUGCUGUGAAAAUACAUACAGCUGAAACCAAAGACUUUGUCUUUGCUGAAGAACAUGGGUCUCCAUUUCCCUAUGGCAUGAGUGACCACACCUUGCCACGCAGAAAAGAGUGCCAGGGCUCAGAGCCCACACCGCUCUCUGCAGAGCAAGAGCAGCAGCACUGUGGGAGCAGCCCAGAGCAGAAGGCACCGUUUGCAGAGCAGCCCUUGCCUCUGAGAUCUCUCCCUGAUGUGCUGGCAUCAUUUUCUCAUCAUCAGUACAAAGAUGAAACCACAGCUAAUGGUCCAACAGAGGUGAGCACUAGUCUGCCAGCUUUCCAAAGCACACACCAUGCAGCAGAGGCAAAAGAUGAAAAAACAUGUCCUGAUUCUGACAGCAGUUUUUCUCCAUGCGCGGGCAAAGAGGAAACAGAGAGGCAAAGCCGUCCUUCCUCUCUGAUGUCCCCUGAAAACAGUUUCCAGCCAUUUUUCCCAGAUGUGCAGAGGGGUGAAAAAGCAGAGGACUGUGGAGACGCUUCCCAUGACACGGAGACCCAUUUAGGAGGCAGUUCUGAUUGUGGACAGAAAUUUUCCUCAUGUGAAUACAAGCAGAGAAAGGGAGAGCUCUCUCCCUCAUUCAUCAACCCGAGCCCCCAUGAGCUCUCUGAAGACAGUGACCUCUCAGAGGAGGAGGGUCACCCUUCAGUGCAGGGGAGACCACCCCACCCUGGCAGCAGUCCCAUGCAAAGUGCCACAGUGGAGGAAACCCCUCCAACAUCAGUGAGUGAUUCUGGAACCUCCCAGUCAGACUCCGAUGUGCCUCCUGAGACUGAAGAAUGUCCGUCCAUCACAGCAGAUGCCAACAUGGACUCAGAUGAAGAUGCUGAUUUCCUCCCAGUGGACAAAGCUGUGGGGAAUGCUCAUCAUGCCAGUUCUAGGUCUAGCCAUGAUCCUCAGCCUGUUCCAAUGGUAGAUCCCCAUCCCCACCCUCCUCACCCUGAUGUCUGCAUGGUAGACCCUGAUAUGUUGCUAAAUGAGCAAAGCAUGAGCAGAACUGAUAAAAUUUCCAAGAAAGACAUAAAAGAAAAGAACAAAGGUGUGAGGAAGCCUUUGAGCAAACCCAAAUCUUCCUCACCUGCCCGAAAAUUAGAUGUGAAAGGGAAACGAUCACCCACUCCUGUGAAACAGUCAUCGGACAAAUCUCCAAAAUCUGUCACUGCCAAAAAAGAAAGAGAUGGAGGAGAAAAGCCCAAAGCACGUAGUGCGCUGAUGCCAGAGGAUGAGUUAUCCCGGAGUAGUCACAGCAACCCUGGCAAGAGCCUUGUUAAUGGCAUCAAAACAAAUCCCGCUUCCAAUAGUCCUAAGAGCAGUUUGUCGGUGCCUAUGGGUCCACCUGUCUACGUGGACUUGGCCUACAUCCCCAACCACUGCAGUGGGAAGAACACAGAUCCAGAGUUCUUCAAGCGGGUUCGAGCAUCUUAUUAUGUUGUGAGUGGGAACGAUGCAGCCAACGGAGAGCCGAGCCGUGCAGUGCUGGAUGCACUUCUGGAGGGGAAGUCUCAGUGGGGAGAGAACCUGCAGGUGACAUUGAUCCCAACACACGAUACUGAGGUAACGCGAGAAUGGUAUCAACAGACCCAUGAGAAACAGCAAGAGCUAAACAUCAUGGUACUGGCAAGCAGCAGCACUGUUGUGAUGCAGGACGAAUCUUUUCCAGCCUGUAAGAUUGAAUUCUAGAUCUUCCA